AUGACAGAAACAUCCCAAGAAAAGGAAACGGAGUAUCAAGCAUUACAAGAGACCAACUUGAAGUUCUCUGUGAUCCUGCUAGAACAAGAGUACGAGUGCCAGUCCAUGAAGGACAAGCUCUUGCCUUUAAGCAGCUGUUACUGGAAAAAGAAGAUGGAGAAGACCAUCCUGUUUCAGCAGGAGAGAGACCAAGUCACCUUGUCUCUAAAGCACCAACAGAUGGCAAACUGGAUCUUAGAGCAAGAGGUUCAACACUUACGUGACAAAGAAUUACACUUAAAGCAGGAGGUACAAAGACUGAGGAGUCAUCUUCUAGAAUCAGAAGAUUCUUACAGCUGGGAAAUUGGGGCUGCAGAGAAGAGAGAGAGGAACCUGAGAGAGAAAGUCACACUAUUGGAGGAAAAGCUGCUCUCCUUUUCUAAUGCAAGUCAUCAAGCCAGUGUGCAGGUAGAGUCCCUGCAGAAACAGGUGCGUUUACUCUCCCAAGAGAGGGAUGAGAAUGCACUGCAGCUUUUGCUCUACCAGGAACAAGGAAAGCAGUAUGCACUGUCACUCACUAACCUGCAAAAGGUUCUAGAGCGUUCCCAAGAAGAAGAAAAAGCUCUGUAUUCCGCUGAAUUACAAAAGGAAAGACAAUAUACAACCGAAUGGAAGGAAAAGGCAGAAAAUCUAGAAAGAGAGGCAUUAUUAUUACAGGAAUGCUUGGAUGAAGCCAACUUUGUGUUGGAUUCAGCAACCAGAUCUACACAACAGUUACAUCAAAAGGAAGAACAGAUUGAACAAAGUGAGCUCCCACGAGAAAUAUUGGACGAUGCCCAAAAGAAAUGGAUGAACUCAGAAAACGGCACAGAAGGAAAAGUGGACAAAGCCCUAAUGAGAAACCUGUUCAUUGGGCAUUCGCAGACAACGAAAAAUCAGCGUCCCAAAGUGUUAAGGUUAAUGGGAAGCAUCCUGGGCAUUCAAAAGGAGGAAAUAGAGCAGUUGUUGAAUGGAUAUGAUGGUGGUGUUCUAAGUGGAUGACAGGAUGGCUUGCAGGAGGAUCCCAAUGUGGCCCCAACACACCUUUGACACCAAAUGAGCAACCUGGGCUGAAGAGUUCUUUUUCAGAACUUUUUGUCCAAUUUCUGAAAACAGAAUCUCAUUCAUCCAUUCCAUCACCAAAACUUUCUGCUCGUGCCAUGAAGUGUCUAGACUCCAGAGGAAGGAGAAAGGGACGUGCAAAAAUACCAAGAAGUGUGACAGACACAGCAGAAUUCAGAGCUGGUAAAAGAGAGGCUGUGAAUCCAUUCUUGGCACCGUGUUCUGCGGCUGUGCCACUGAUUAGCCUAGAUGGACUUGGACCUGGUGGACCUGGGAAUCUCCUUUUGAAUCCCAUCACAGACUUCAUGCCCACCUUUACACCAUUGCCAGUGUCACUGAACCAUAGCGCCAGGGUUGUACUAAAGGACCUUUGAAAGCAAUUCAAAGUGAUUCUCAAGCCAGAGAUGAGUUAACACUUUAAAGA